AUGGUCAUGGAGAAAAAACACGUCCAGCCAGAAGUGUAUGUAUAUGGCAGUUUCACUUUUGCAGUAAGUAUAGUUCCUGAAGGUACAGAAGAAAAGACUGAACUGCCAGUGCUGCAGAAGUCUGAAAAAAGUGGAACAGUGGGUAAAAUAAGCAGAGAAUUAAAAGAAAUUGUAUUUAUCAUCCAGAGUCAAAGUAAUUCUUUUCAUUCCAAGAGAGCAGAAGAUCUAAAAAGAGAUAUUUUAAAACAGGCUGCAGAUCUUGGAAAGGAGUUACCUACAGUUCUGCUUAUUCAUCAGAUGGACAGACAUGAAGGUGCAUGGACCAUACUGCCGUUAAUGAGAGACUUCUCUGUUACCUAUGGUAGGAACUCCUCAUGGAUUUUCUUCUGUGAAGAAGGUACAAGAAUACAAAUUGUAAAACUUCUGGAAACACUUCGAAGAUUUGACAGAUCUAAGGAGUGGUUUUUAGGUAAAGCGUUGUAUGAUGAAGAAUCUACAAUAAUUCACCACUACGCCUUUGCUGAAAAUCCUACAGUCUUUAAAUUUCCAGAUUUUGCGGCUGGUUGGGCACUUAGCAUUCCACUGGUUAACAAGCUUGCGAACAAGUUGAAAAGUGAACCACUCAAGUCAGACUUUACAAUAGAUUUAAAACAUGAGAUUGCACUAUACAUUUGGCAGAAAGGGGAUGGACCACAUCUUACUCCAGUGCCUGAGUUCUGUACAGAUGAUGCGAACUCAUAUAAGGUUAAUCAUUGUGCAACAACAUUCAGUAAUUUUCUGCCACUUUGUGGAGAGCCAGUGAAAAAGGAAGAUGUUUUUGUUGCUGUAAAAACAUGUCGGAAAUUCCAUGGAGACAGAAUACCAAUUGUAAAGCAGACUUGGGAAAGAGAGGCUGCUCUUAUUGAAUACUACAGUGAUUAUGCAGAAAUCUCCAUUCCUACUAUAGAUUUAGGAGUACCUAAUACUGACAGAGGUCACUGUGGGAAAACUUUUGCCAUUUUGGAAAGGUUUUUGAAUCAGAGCUCUUCCAGAACUCCUUGGUUAGUCAUAGUGGAUGAUGACACAUUGAUAAGCAUCUCCAGACUCCGAAGACUGCUCAGCUGCUAUGACCCAAACGAACCAGUAUUUCUUGGAGAGCGUUAUGGUUAUGGCUUGGGAACAGGAGGAUAUAGUUAUAUCACUGGAGGAGGAGGGAUGGUUUUCAGCAGAAUAGCUGUCCAGAAACUACUUGCUAGUAAAUGCCGGUGUUACAGCAUGGAUGCUCCUGAUGAUAUGGUCCUUGGGAUGUGUUUCAGUGGCUUAGGAGUCCCUAUAACACAUAGUCCACUCUUCCAUCAGGCACGGCCAAUGGACUAUCCAAAAGACUACCUUUCUCACCAAAUUCCAGUAUCAUUUCACAAGCAUUGGAAUAUUGAUCCAGUGAAAGUAUAUUUCACAUGGCUGGCACCAAACACAGAAGAUUCCUUCGAUGGAAAGAAAGCUGGAUAUAACAGGGAGGAUUUAUAAGCAGUAGAAGAAUUUAAAUUUUGAUUAAUGUACUGCAGAUGAGAGACAGCCACUAACUGUGAUUUUUCUGUUGUUCUCAAGCUGUUCAUCUGUUCAUGACAUAGAAGAUAAUGUUUUGUGUCUGUUUGUUAUGCUCUUUCAGAGCAAUGGAAGAAGAUACCUAACUGAUUUUUCAAUGUAUUUUGUUAAGCUUGGUUUCUUUUUAAAAUGUUUUUUAGGCUUUAUAUCCCAGUGAAUUUGACACACAAUUAAAAUGUCUCAUACAUUAUCUAUGUUCUGUUUUGGGCUUUGAGUCAGACAUCAUCAAUUUACAUUUUAUUCCUCAUUAUCUAAAAAGCUGCAGUUCUUGAUUGCCUGAUAUUGAACAUUCAUAGCUCUCACUAACUUCAGAAAACAGUUCUCUAAACUAUUCUGAAACAGAUUCUUGAUAACUGAGAGAGGAGAUGUGACUUUAUUUCUAUGACCAGGAGCUAGACUGAGAGAAGGCUAUGUUCCUUGAUACUCAUUUCAAACAGAAAUAUUGUAGUUUCCUGGGACAGAGGGACCAAGCAUGCACCACUCUUGAACCUUUGAGUUGAUUAGCAUCUGUGAGGAAAGUGACAUUCAAAAUCUAAAAAAGGUAAAGGUUGGGGAUUUUUUAAGUGGCCAUGAGAGGUCACUGCGGCUCCUUUAUGAACAUAUGUCACUGUAUAUCUGUUUGGCAAGUACAAAUGUGACUCUUAAGGAUUUUUGAAGAACCGACUCUUCAGUAUUUCUGUGUGCGUUUCCAUGGUAUAUAGAUGCGAGCUUUAAAAAGUUUGCGAUAUUCCUAAUUUAUAUCAAGUAAUUUUAUGCAUACAACAUGUAAAGAAGGAUUCAUAUUUAAAAUGUUCUUGAUUUUUUUUGUGUGUGUAAUUGUUUUGUAAAAUUGUACAAAAUCUGUCCUUAGUAUGUUCUAAAUGAAUUUUUAUACUGUAAAACUGUUCCUUUUAAGACAACAGUUAUAUGGCACUUGUAUGCUGUUAUCUAACUUUGCUUACUAUAUUGUAACCAAACACAGGGUCUUAAAGCCAUACUGCUGAAGUCUUUUGUGUUUUGUUUUAUGAGUAGGUUAGAAUUUGAUUCCAUUCCAAUAUGAUGCAAUACUUACUUCACGUCUAAAUAGAGUGGCCACUGAUUCCUGUUUCAGCAAUUACUGAAGUUGUAUAAACAUUUGUUUGUGAACAGAGCUUGUGGAGUUUUAAGCUGUUGAAUAGCAAGCACAUAUUCAUGAUAGAUUCAAAUACUAAAUAAAUAGGAGUAAUCCAGGUCAUGUAUUUUUCUUCUUCUUUCUUCCCACUAUCAGUGCCUUGAACAGUAGACGUUUUGCUGGUACCACUUCUAUGUUCUCUGGUACCAUGGAUGUAUCAUUAACUAUGUUUACUGUUUAGAACUGUAAGAGCUGAAAGCUGAAUAAAAGCAUACUUG